CAUAUGUCUGGGUGUUCCGUCUUAGCAAGGUGGGGUGGGGCCCAGUUAUUGGCAUUUCUUCCCCAGACCUGUCAAUGGUGUCCCCGGCUCCGGUUACUACCCCCAGGCGGCCAUGGACCGCCCUUAUUAACAUUAUUGAGACAUCUUUACUGUGGCCGCCGGUCCUACUGUAUAACUGGUUCAGUGCAGUGUGAUCCCCUCCUCCUGUCUCCUCUGCUGGUCCAGGACCGCUACUGCUACUGUACCAUGGCGACCUUCACGGACAAGGACAAGUACACACCGCCUGCUGACUUACCCACCAAGUACGCACCAGAUGAAGUCCACCGCUACAUGGUAGACUGCAUGCUGGCUGUUGGUACUCCAAGGCCUCAAGCCACAGAUCUUGCAGAUGUACUGGUAGCUGCCGAUACUCGAGGUCACUACAGUCAUGGCCUCAACAGGCUAGAGAUGUAUGUGAAUGAUGUGAAACAGAAGGUUUGUGAUGGAAGUGCUUUUCCCACCAUUAUAAAGGAAAGUGUAUCUACAGCUCUUGUUAAUGGCAACAAUGGCCUUGGCCCCGUUGUUGGCAACUUCUGCAUCAACCUGGCUAUUAAAAAAGCUAAGGAAACAGGCAUUGGCUGGGUCUGUGCAAGAGGAAGCAACCACUAUGGCAUUGCUGGCUGGUAUGCCAUGAAAGCUACAAAAGAAGGACUUAUGGGCAUGAGUUUUACCAACACCUCGCCUCUUGUUGCUCCAACUCGCGCCAAGAAGGCAGCUCUGGGAACAAAUCCAAUCUCUCUGUCAGCACCUGCAAAGAAUGGGGAUAGUUUUGUGUUGGACAUGGCAACUUGUGUUGUAGCCGUGGGUAAGAUAGAGGUAGAGCGUCGAAAGGAGAAUCCUAUUCCUGAAGGUUGGGCCUUGGACAAGAAUGGUCAACCCACUACAAAUGCUACAGAGGGAAUGGAGGGUGCUCUUAUGCCCCUUGGUGGGACAGAGCUUUAUUCUGGGUAUAAAGGUUAUGGUCUUGGCAUGUUAGUGGAAGUCUUCUGUGGUAUUAUGUCAGGUGGACAGUAUGGACCACAUAUACGAAGGUGGAUGCAAACUGAUCGAGAAGCAGACUUAGGGCAAUGCUUUGUGGCUAUUGAUCCUUCCUUCUUUGCACCAGGCUUUGAAGACCGCAUGAGUGACAUGAUGGAUUAUUGUCGUGGAAUGGAACCAGCUGAUCCAGAUAAACCAGUGUUGGCUCCUGGGGAUCCUGAACGUUUCCAUGUAGAGAAGGUGAAGCUGGAGGGUGGCAUCACCUAUCAUAUAAACCAGAUCACAGACUCGUGGAAGCUGGCACAAGUCCUGGGUGUACAACCCAUGAAAUAGGUGAUCUAGAAAAUGUUACUUCUCUCCAUCAGUCAAAUAUUGAUAUGCUCAUUCAAGGAACAUGAUAUAUGAUGGAGACAUGACAUAUGAUUUUCCUCAGGUUAAUUGUCCUGUAGUGGUAAAUCACCAUGUUUGCACACUAUUUUUAUAACAAUGAGUUUGAGUUUAGGUGUAGGGAAUGAACCGAGUGAGUUUAUCACUUCAACCAUGAAUAUACUGUAGUAAGGGAAUGGCCCCAACUGAUGUAGCAAAUUGAUGUUAGUUAAGAAAUAGACAGAGCCUGCACUAGAGGUAGGACUAUCAGAGCACAAGGAGGUAGAGGGUGGCAAAAGCCAAAAAAUACACAUAGUAAGCCUUUUAUUUAACAAUGUUCUACCUGAAGGAGCUUUGUUAAUACAUGACAGAGCCCCACAGUGAUCAAAAACAGUCGUUUAAUAAAAGACUUACUUCGUUUGUAUCUUUGAUUCCUUAGUUCACCUGAGGACAAUGAAGUGAAAUGGCCUACUAUGAAGAGGCCCAGUGUAUGCACAGUAGUUUGACAAGCACAAUAUGAACCAAUCACAUAAUUUAUACAUGCAGCUUAAGUGUAACUUACAGUACUUCAUUCCAGAUACUAUACUAUCAUGUAAUUUUUUGUUUAUCUUCAAAUGGGAUGUUAGUAAGCUCACAAAGCAUAAUAUUUUAAUCAGAAUUUCAGCAUAAUAAGGUCAGUGUAUCACUGUGCAAAUCAUUGUAGUAUUGUUGCAAAUCACUGUGCUAAUUAAUGUAAUAGUUGUAAUAAUGACAAUCAGUGUAGUAUAGUGUAUAUAGAAUAUAUAUAUGUAAUAUAAUAAUGUUAUGUACUUCAAAAUAUGUUAGGGGUGACAACAAUGUGAUACCUAAGCCACUUUGUUUAUUUUUUUCCAUGUGAACCUGAUGGUACAGUAAAAAAAAAUUACAUACCACUAAACUUCAUGUAAAUUUUGUGUCGUAUAUCAAUACAUAAAAUAAUAUUCUCAAAAAAUAUAUUUUGUGACAAUUUGGCUUGUUUAUUUGACUUGGCUUAUUAGGCAUGACAUACACACACUAGUUUAUUAUCGUUAUUUUAUGAAGUCAGUCAUCAACUGUCACCACAACCUUUCUUUUAUCAUCUUGGCUAUUGUUCCUUUCACUCUUAAAACCCUGAUUAGCUAGGGUAUGGCUAAUAUUAACUUUUUUUUGACAGUCUUGGAAUUUCCCCUCAACUUUCUUUUACUUUCAUACAUAUUGUUGCCUUUUCCUUAUAUUAGAUGUGAGUGGCUCUAAAAAGUAAAUUUAUAUAAUUUCAGUAUCAAAAUAUCAUGAAGUGAGACUAUAUAUCUCAAAUCUUUUUGACUUCACUCAACAUUUUUGUAGAAUCCUCAUUUUUUUGUACUUUACCCAGUAAAUAAAAUUUAUUUUGCACAUGAAAUAAAUAUUACAAGUUAAUAAAAAACAUUAUUUAUAAACUCUUUAUAAUAAAUAAGGAUUUCACAAACUAUGUACAAAUUAUUCCAGCUGCUGAAAUUACUAGGACAAAUAUAACUGAAAUUCUUUCUUUUUAUAGUCAAGAGAAUUAAUAUAACUUUAAAGUUAAAUUGUUUCUCAGCUACUAUGAAAAAAAUCACACACUACAAAGCCACUGUUAUUAAUGCACUUGAAAUUUCAUGUUAUUUAAAAAUGAUCAUGGUAACAUCAUGUCUCUUAAAAUAAAUAUUCUGGUAAUAAAUUUAAGUAAUCUGA